AUGACAGAGAUACAAAGUGGCAGAGCAACUCCGCAAGCACCUGUCUAUGCAACAAUAAGACCACCAAUUGUAACACAAAACCGACCAGCAUCAACAGUAGGAUCAUCACUUAAUUCCAUACCGACGGCUCUCACUUCUACAACUUUAGUAAAAUCGGUUACAACUAAUGAAGAACCACUCAAAUUCCAUCCAACUAAUCCUUUUUAUACUACAUUACCUUCUAAUUAUACCAGUGCUUCCAAACUGCCAUUACCAAAUAAUAGAGCAUAUUUCUCCGGAGUAGAUAGGAGUAAAGUAGAUGAAAAUUUAUCUUCAUAUAAUGACAUCAAUUCAGAUUUGAAAUCGUCAUCAGUUUUUAAUAUUGAAUAUAAUUCAGGUCCUAGUAGUCUUCCGCAAGGAAAUAUUAAUGACCUAAAAUUUACAAAUGGUUACGAUUCAAGUAAGGUACAAUAUACGAAUAAUGAGAGAAACGAUUUUCUUAACAAUGGUUCAACAAAUCAGUAUCAUGAUAAAAGUCUUCCAAAUCCUAUGAAAGGCGAAGGGUUUAAUCCUUUUGAAUCAAAAAGAAAUAGUGAUCCAUUUGAAAAAUAUUUAAGAAAAGAAAAUAAAAAGUGUGAAUACGAAUUCACUUUGCCUAAUUCUCAGAGUGAGACCAACUUUCAAAAGAAAGAAGAAAUCAAAAAACAUACUAUCACGGAACACAAAAUUAGUGAAACUGAAGAAGUGAAAACUAUUAAAAAGAUAAUACUCAAUGGUUCUAACAAUCAUUGUCAAGAUACUGUCGAUAGUAAACAUAUUUCUUCAGAGAAUAAUGAAAGAAACGAAUCUAAGUUACAGCAUAUUUUAAAUAAAGAAAAAGAGAGCAAAACAAAUGAAUAUUUACCAACUACGUCACGCCAAGAAAAUAAUUGUUAUAAUAGCUUUGACAAGAAGAAGUACGACGAUGGCAAUUGCAGUACAUAUUCAUCGACAUUUGAAGAUUUUUACAGCAGUUCUCAAACAGACAUUAAAAAAAAGUUGAUAUGGGAGCGCCUUUUUUUCAUUAUUGAGCAGAGAGAAAAUUGA